AUGAAGUCAAUAUUUGCUCAACAACCAGAAGCAAUUCAAUACUUUAAUUCACCAACUUUAGGUAUUAUCAAUUAUACAGUUCUAAGAUUAAGUGAUGGUGCAACAAUUUACAAUGUCUCCAAUACUGAUAAUCAACAAUACAACCUUUGGGGUUACCUAUCGACUGAUUACUCUGGUAACAUCGUCACUAUUGGUAACCUCCCACCAAACAAAGUCAAUGUUGUUGUUUAUAAUCCACAAGCAAAUGAAUAUAGUCUUCAAUAUGGUAAUGCAAACAUCCAAUUUGGAUAUUCAUUGGGUCUUCAAUCAUUUGUUUGGAACCAAAAAUACUCUGUAGUAUCAACUGCCGGUAUCGACUUUGGAACUGAUGUUUAUAGUACAUUGGCUAUCCUCAAUUUUGGAUUUGGUAAAACCUCUCAAAGUACACCAGUUGAUUUAGGGAUUAGUGAAAAUGCUACUGCAAGAUUUAAUGGUAAUCCAUUGGGUGCCUAUGAUGGAUCCAAUUAUUAUUAUAUUUUCUAUAAUCUUGGUUCCCAACUUGGUCUUGUUCGUUAUUCAUUUGCCGAUUCGUCAAUCCAAGCUGUCGAGAUUGAUGCUGUUGGUGGACCAAACUCUGCAACUCAAUCAUUGUAUUACUACAACGGUCAAGUCAUUUUGGCCACACUCACCCCUAAAUGGGGUGUCACCAUUGCAACGAUUGCUCCUGAAAGUGGUGACUUUGCCAUCAUCUACAAAGACGGCAACUAUCAAAAGAAGAGUUUCUCAGGCUUGGUCCAACCAUUUGUAUUUGACUCCAACACUGGUACUAUCACCAUUCUCAAUGUCAACGGUCUUAACCUCUUUGUCGAUAUCUUUUCUCUUUCUACUCUCCAAGUAAAGUCAUCAGUAUUUACAAACACAAUCCCAAUUGGUACACUUAGAACUAUUUCAGUUUCGGCUGGUCAAUUUUAA